AAUUUACACCUAUUCCGCGAUGGCAGACAAGGAAGAGGACACAACCCGUAUCUGUGACCAGUGUCACAAGGAGGUGGCUGUGUCCAACUUUGCCUUGCACGAGUCCCACUGCCAGCGGUUCCUAUGCCUGUGUCCAGACUGUGAUGAGCAUGUUCCCAGAGAGCUAUUGGAGCUGCACCAUCAGAACCAGCACAGCCAGGUGAAGUGCACCAAGUGCGACAAAAAGGUGGAGAGUUGCAAGCUCCUGAACCAUGAGUGUAAGGCAAGGCUGCAGCGCUGUGAGUUCUGCCCGGUGGAGCUGCCGCUGUCGGCCAUGGCGGAGCACAGCGUGGCGUGUGGCAGUCGCACCGAGCGCUGCUCCGACUGCGGACGCUACAUCACUCUGAGGGACCAGCCGGAGCAUGCUCAGAUCUGCCCUGACCUCCAUGUUCCCGAAAACCCCUCCCCGCCAUCCUCCAACAGCAGGCGAACAGCAGUGGUUUGCAGGAGCUGUAUGAGGUCUUUCCCAUUGGAGGAGAUGGCGGAACAUCAGCUGGAGUGUGACCACAAAUCAGAGGAGUCUAAAGGUGAUGAUGAUGAGGAAGAUGGCAGCCACAAACAGGAGCAGGCCAGUCCUCGUUUGACCAGUUCUAUGAAGUCUGCAUUGUUCUCAGCCCAAGGCAGGAGGCAGGGGGGGGAUGUUGACCAGAUCAGCACCUGUCCUCACUGUCACCUGGCUCUCCCCGUAGUCACACUACGAUGGCAUGAGGUCAAAUGUCAGAUCCAUGUCAACUUGAAAUGAGAAACGUGCUCAGAACUUCUGAAGGAACACUCCAUGGUCAAUUGGCGUAGUGGUUGACAAGUUAGUGAUGACGUGAUUUAUUUGAGCAAAGUGCAAGUUAUUUUUAACAGAAAAUCUGUAUUUGAGAGGCAGUUGAGUUAUUUCUGGUGAUUGGACGGGUUGGGUAAUAGUAAGAGAUUAUGACUUGUUACAUUAGUCAGGAUUCUUCUCUCUACAAGAGGACAAGAAUCCUAUUUUAUGAUUUGUUGUAUAAUUAAGCAAUCAGGCCCAAGGAGGUGUGGUAAAUGGCCAAUAUACCACGGCUAAGGGCAUAUCACAAACCCCUGAAGUGCCUUGUUGCUUUUAAAUCAAAUGUAUUUGUCACAUACACAUGGUUAGCAGGUGUUAAUGCAAGUGUAGCGAAAUGCUUGUGCUUCUAGUUCCGACCAUGCAGUAAUAUCUAACAAGUAAUAUAACCUAAGAAUUUCACAACAACUACCUUAUACACACAAGUGUAAAGGAAUGAAUACGAAUAUAUAAAUGAGUGAUGGCCGAACGGCAUAGGCAAGAUGCAGUAGAUGGUAUAGAGUAUACAUAUGAGAUGAGCAAUGCAGGGUAUGAAAACAUUAUAUGAAGUGACAUUGUUUAAAGUGGCUAGUGAUACAUUACAUCAAGAUGCAGUAGAUGGUAUAGAGUACAGUAUAUACAUAAGAGAUGAGUAAUGUAGGGUAAGUAAACAUUAUAUAAUAUAAAGUGGCUAGUGAUAAAUUGAUUACAUCAAUUUUACCAUUAUUGAAGUGGGUGGAGUUGAGUCAGUAUGUUGGCAGCAGCCACUCAAUGUUAGUGAUGGCUGUUUAACAGUCUGAUGGCCUUGAGAUAGAAGCUGUUUUUCAGUCUCUCGGUCCCCGCUUUGAUGCAUAUUAUAAACUGGUUACCAACGUAAUUAGUGCAGUGAAGAUAAAUGUUUUGUCAUACCUGUGGUUUACAUUCUGAUAUACCACGGCUGUCAGUCAAUCAGCUUUCAGGGCUCGAACCACCCAGUUUAUAAUACAUUGUUUACAACAGAAAUACAGUAUGUUCUGAAAAUGGGAAUGUUUUCUCCAUUAAAGUUGUCAAAAGUUGUACUUUUUAAUAUUGGUUUACAAAUGUACUUAACUGAUUUACAAAAUAAAAAAUUGCUGUAUGCACAUAAGAUUAUAUUUUUUGAUAAUAGGUCUAAAUGCUGUGAGCCAUCCAGUUUUAUCUUCUCCUAUUGUGAUGUCACAAGGUGUCCCUUUGCUUUCAUGGUGACAACAAUAAAAGCUGUCAAGGUUC